UCGUUACACCUACCAACUUCAACAACUCUCGUUGAUACAUCAUUAGCAAACAGUAACGAAUUAAAUAUUGGUUUGAAUUAUUGCAAAGUCAGGUGGACAGACAGAAGAGGGGACAGCGUUUAUGCAAUAAUUAUUUAUACCGAUAUGCAAGUUUCAGAUAAUUUAUAUAAUUUAACGAUAUUAAUUUCCAAAGAAUUAUUCGCGGAUGUUCAAUCUGAACAAUUUUUGGUUAAUGAAGUUGCCACUUGUUCUUUAUGCGUCAAUUGCGAACGAUUGAGCAAA